AUGGAAAAUAAUAAUACUUCUAUUUGUAUAAAAAAUCAAAUUAAUAAUACAGAGAGUUCAAUUUUUAAUGGUUGUCAUACAAAUAUCAAAAGCAAUACCAAAGAUAAUAUUUUUAACAAUACACCAACCUCUAAUAGAAAAGAAAAAUUUUCAACAUCACUAAUGGAUAUUGAAUAUUUAUACCCUAUCAAUGAAAUUCAAUUUACUUGUUUGGAAUUAAAUCAUUCAAUUAAGAAUCCUAUAAAUUUGCCGUCUUUCCACAUGCUUUAUGAAACAGUAAAAGAAGAAAUUCCAUCAUUUGACCUACCAACUUUAAAAUAA